GACGCGCUGGACUCCACCCCCAGGCUGUGCUGCGCUGUCGCCUCUCAGCUGCUCAGCUCAUUGUUCACGGUGGAGUUUGGAGAGCAGGAACGCCGUGCGAUGGCGGUCGAGCUGCGCUCCAGUGUGAAAUAUGGCACAGUUUUGUCUUUCACCGUGCUGCUGUUGGCUUACUGGUUCCGAUCUCCUCAGUCGGUUCUGGAUGAGAGGCUGGGAGCUGUUCUGUCCUCUUUACUGCGCGCUGAGCGCAAAGCGGGCUUGAGGAACAUCGCCAGACCCCGAGUGGCCAUAGGCUUUGGGGGCUGUGUGGACAUCAUUGUGGAUGGUGUGACAUUGCUGAACAAGAUUGGACUACAUCCGACCGAUCAGCCUCUGCACCAUGACUACAUUGAAAACGUGGAACAGCUUGCUCAGAGUUUUGCCUACUUUUUUGCACCGGGAGCUGCUUCUGAGAGGUUGGUGGUGAAUGAAACACUCUUCAGUCAGCUGGUGGAGGCUUCUCGAGAGUUGCCAGGAAACCGCUGGUCACUUGGGGGUAAUGCCCCAGUGAUGGCAGGCAGGAUGGCCAGCGAGGGCUGUGACGUGCUGCUUGGGGGCAGCUUCAGCCCAGACUUUAAUGACUACCUCUCAGAACGUAUCACAGUGGCAGGUAAAACAGUGGAAGAACCAGAUAUUCAUCUGAUCCUAGAGUAUCCCUCUGGGGCAACAUGGGGACAAUAUACCUCCAGAAGAGCCAACAGGUACAUUAUCCACAGUGAUGACCACAACCCAUACUUAGACUCGAUUGAUGAGUUUGAGAAGAAGCUGCUAAGCUUUAACCCUGACCUGCUGGUGGUGGGAGGACUUCAGAUGAUGGACAACUUUCCAUUCAGGCAAGGAGAGCGUGAGGCUUUACUGAGUCGCCUGGCUCAGCUGCUAUCUUCAGCCUCGCCUCAGACCAAUGUGCAUUUUGAAAUGGCCAGUUUUGUUGAUGAGGCGCUUAUGUCUGACCUGCUAGAGCUUGUUCUGCCUCAUGCUGACUCUCUGGGUAUGAACGAGCAGGAGCUGCCGAACCUGCUAAGCCUUUUGCGUGGCAGCACCGUGACCGUGCUGUCUGACCCCAACCCCCGCGUGGCCACCGUGUUGGACCAGAUGCGUGAGCUUUAUCGAGUCAUCAACCUCAGGCACAGGCAGGCCGGACGCGGUCGACCACUCACAAGGCUACACGUUCACACCCUGGCCUUCCAGGCGAUAAUUGUCAAGCACGGCUCUCAGUGGAAGAACACCAUGUCCGCCACGGCCAAGGCCUCACUCACUGCCAACCGUCAUGUGUGUGGCUCAGCUGACAUCGACCCCAGCAAAGCGCGCCUCAUCUUAGAUGAGUCGUUCUCUGUAAGCAGGAGAGAAGGCAGUCAGCGAAUUUCUCUGCAGGAGUCCCGGCCUGUCUCCUGCUGGACCGAGGAUGAAUAUGAGAUCUGUGUGGCUCCAGUACUUGUGUGCACCGAGGUGUAUCAGACCGCGGGGGGUGGAGACAACAUCUCCGCUGCGGGCCUGGUGCUGCAGAUCUAACAGAGAAAAAGGGAAGUGAACUCAGAAUAACUGGCUCCAUUGUGCAGACAUCCCACAGAUAUGAAGGCUUCUAUUUUAAGCUAUUUUCCUUACACACCAAGUGCAACACCAACGUGUCUUUGUUUCUACGCCUCUCAUAUAAAACCUUCAGAUGUGCGUUUUAAUUUUAUACCAUAGAAUAUUCUUGUGUUUGGUGGCAGUCAUCUCUUAACCAUUAACCAAAUUGCUGGAAAUUUUGAUGUGAAUUGGAUCAAAAUGCUUAUCUAUAGCCUGACCAAGAGUCAAAUGAAUUGAAUUAUCAUUCUUUUACUUGUUAGGUCUCUAUUAAUGUAGGCAUUGUGUUCUUAAUUGAAUUUGUUACAACACACUUAUUAUUAGUGCUUUGUAAUGCCACACUAUUCUACCACUUACUUGACAUGUUCUUCUUUUUAUUUUCUUUCACCUCUUAUGUUUUUUUAAUACAUACAUUUUCUUUUAUACCAAACUUUAUUUAAACCUGAUGGCAUAGAGAGAAUGCAUUUUGGAAAUUACAGCCAGACAUUCAUUCAUUCAUUCAUUCAUUCAUUCUUUCUUUCUUUCUUUCUUUCUUUCUUUCUUUCUUUCUUUCUUUCUUUCUUUUUUGAACUGCAUUUUUUUUGUUUAUUGAAAUAUUAUAGCAAAGCCACUAAACCACCAGAAACAACAACUUCCAUCUCAAAAUCUUGAGAAAUGUUUUAUUAUAAGGACUCAUCACACUAAGAUUUCUCAGUCAACAUAUGGGCACCUGCAGGGAACACCAAAUGCUCUAGUUAUUCAUUUCAUGCUUAUGGUUAAUUAACAGGAAUGUAAAUCGAGCUUAGUAUGUUAUGGGUUUUCCAAACUUCCAUCUUCUUUCAAUCCUCGGUACCUGCAGAAUGAACCAAUUAUCUACCUACCUCCUGUGCCUAUGGAAGAAUUAGUUAUCACAUGAUCUCUAUGAAAUCUGUUGACUGACUAAAGUAUGGAAGGGGUAAAUGUUUUGCUGUUUCCCCAUUUGUCUGAGACACAAGUAGUGUUGGAGACGUCCGAGCCUGUGAGCGUCAUACACAUAGCUGUUGAGAGUCCAUCGUGUCUCAGGGAAAUAUCGAGCCUUGUUAUUAUGAAUUCACAUUGUUUGACUUGGAAGCAGUUAAGCUGAACACAAUAGCAGACUUGAUGAUGUUUAUUCUAGCCUUACUCUUAUUGAGUUUUUAAUGACUGACCACAUGCUCAGAAGUGAAAUAAUUUAAUUUUGCAUGAAGUAAAAAAUAAGCAAUGUUUGUUUUGAAAAUUCCAUGUAUAAUUAUAUGCAUAGGGAUAGUUUUAAGUUUGAGUAAUGAUUGAUGUUUGAGAAUAAAAUGUAGCACAGUAAUGAGCCAUACUUGAGUGCAAGUACACAAAUCUUUUGUGUCUGGUGCGGCAGUGCACAAGCCACCCUUUUACCUGUUCUGUUUUUAUAACUGUACCAAGUUUGAAUGAAAAGAGCUGGGUUACAGGUGAAGAUGUAUGUUUCUGAAUUGCUCCUUUUUAUUUUUAUGUAAUUAAACCUUGCAUUCCAUUUCUGA